AGAAAAAUGGGCACUCAGUGUAGCAAAAAGCCUCUUAUGUUUGUGUUUGUUGAGCACAUUUAAUUCCCUUACAAAGAUCAUCUCAAUUUCAAGCCAUUAUCAGAAAUGUUGACCGUGAGGUUACUGAUAAUGACCGUGGUGUUGGCCCGCGCCAGUGCCCGGGAUUUGUUCGACCUGACGGGCGAGGUGUACUCAGACCUGUCGGUAGUGGUACGGAGACGGGGGAAGGAGUGUUUCUACCAGCCGGUCGACGACGACGUAGAAACCAUGUAUAUCCAGUACACGGCCUUGAGGGAGGACAUACUGGAUGAACUACAAUUCAUAGUCAAAGACCCAGAGGGGAAGGUUCUAAAACAAACGACUGGCGAGUCGAACAGUUUUGAUUUGGACUUUACUGAAGAUCCCCACCAGAGAGGGACAUAUUCCAUCUGUUUCUUCAACAAUCACAUCAUCAAAGACAUCAUCGUGUAUCUGGAGAUGGAGGUUUGGAAAGAAGACGCCUUUACUGGGGAUUAUGAAGAUGACACUGAAAUUGAUGCUGAGAUAGCUUUAGAAUCCGUUUCGGAUUCUCUGAAGACAGUGGCAGAGAAUGUAAAAUCCAUGGACUUACAUACUAAGAAAAUUUCCCAACGAUAUCGCCGGGACUCGUUCGAGCUAACUUACAGCAAUUCUUACGUCAACAACGUCGGAAUAUUAACGUGCGCGAUGAUUAUAUGCGCGGGACUGUUCCAAGUGUAUUUUAUAAGAAAUCUGUUUCACACAUAAAAAGUUCAUGGUAUCCAGAGUCCUACAUAAAUGAAUGCUUGAUUUUUCUUCCCUACGUUUUGUAGGUUUGGUAAUUUGAAACAUUAAAAUGAAUUCU